CGACCAGCGCACAGUGGCUGCUUGAACGAAAACGGGGGGAAGCCUGGGCACAAACCGGCUGGGCUGUCGUCGGUAACUCAACAUGCCGCAGCAUACAUGCUAAACUCGGCUCCAAAACAACCGUAAUUUCCCCUCCCGAAACGGGCGAUAGUGCAACGACCACGCCCCACCACCAGAGCUCGUACCCAGAAAACCCCUGCCGGCUUGCGGCGCUGCAGCGGCGGAGCGGCGUGAGCGGAGAGACGGACGCAGCCGUGUGGGCUGCUGCUCGGGGAGAAGGAAACCAUGCGAGAGUACAAAGUAGUGGUUCUCGGAUCCGGGGGGGUCGGGAAAUCCGCGUUAACCGUCCAGUUCGUGACGGGAUCUUUCAUAGAGAAAUACGACCCCACGAUAGAGGACUUCUACAGGAAGGAGAUCGAGGUGGACUCGUCCCCGUCCGUGCUGGAGAUCCUGGACACGGCGGGCACGGAGCAGUUCGCCUCCAUGCGGGACCUGUACAUCAAGAACGGCCAGGGCUUCAUCCUGGUCUACAGCCUGGUCAACCAGCAGAGUUUCCAGGACAUCAAGCCCAUGCGGGACCAGAUCAUCCGGGUCAAACGGUACGAGAGGGUGCCCAUGAUCCUGGUGGGCAACAAGGUGGACCUGGAGGGCGAGAGGGAGGUGUCGGCCGGGGAAGGGAAGGCGCUGGCGGACGAGUGGAACUGCCCGUUCAUGGAAACUUCAGCCAAGAACAAGACCUCGGUGGACGAGCUGUUUGCGGAGAUAGUCCGACAGAUGAAUUAUGCCGCCACGCCAAAUGGCGACGAUCAAUGCUGCUCCUCUUGUGUGAUUCUUUAAGAGGCCAAUGGACAAUCAAAGUUUCAAUUCUUUGCUCGGUUUUUAAGUUUGCAAUGCAGUGUGUUGCAGCAAGUCUGUACUGUUGAGCUCUUCUUCGUGUCUCACCCUGGCCUUGGAGGAAAAUGAAAGGAGGAAUGCUGCAGGGGGACGGGAGGAGGAGGGGAACAACUGAGACAGAAGGGAGGGGUCCACUCUUCAGGAAUUCUGCUGGGUUGGAGUAUCUGUGCUGCACGAUCGGUGUCCACCAUCGAUGUCAACACAGAGUCGGAUCCAGAGUUUCAGCAAAACUCCCCUUCUCCAGUUCCAACUCGACUCCCAACUGGAACUAAACCCCAAUGGAAAAGAUACAGAGAGUAACACUCGGAGAAACUCAUACAUGGAUAUUUCUGUAUAAGAAGACAAGAGAAGAGAGAAUAUAUUUUGUUAAAAAAACUUGCAUCCUCUGGGGUAAAGUUUUGGAUGCCCCAACCCUAUUUGGAGCGGUUUGCUCCGCAGUGCUUUUUUCCCCCCCUUCCCCCAAAGUCAGAAGAAACUACAUAUCUGUUGGUGGAGUAAAUGUGACGAGUGCCACUUUUUUAUUUUUCUCUAAACCUCCUCCAGUGUUCGAGGGGACCCUGACUGAAGUGAUAUGGGGACGCUACCAUGAACGCCCUUAUGUCGAGUGCCUUUCCGAAACAAAUCAGCUGUUCAGAUUUUGUGCCAACCUACAUGUAUCGCUAAAAUAACCCUCCACAUUGUGGCAAUCCACAAGCUAGUAAACUCUCUUUCUGGGUAAUCUUGUAAAGGUGGAAACUGAAAACAAACAAGCAAAACAGAAUAAACUACAAUAGACUUUUUGUUAGUGGAAUGGUGGUUUUCUGUAUGUUUUGAGUCUUUUUUUUUUUUGGAUCUAUUCUGCAAUGUCAGCUCGGUCUGGCCAAAUCUACUUCGAGAAAUGCGCAGGUACUGGAACCACCGUGUUGUAGUAAUACGCGAUACUUACCUGUCAGACCAGCUAAAGUAAAGGAAUUCUGUUUGUUCUGUUUAUUUUGUGUUUUUAACAGGAUAUGUGAUGAUGUACUGAUGACAAAUCUAACCUGAUUGUAAGUUUAAUUUCAGAUCAGCCUUUUAAGAAUCGGCUGUCUGUUUUAAAAACAAGACUUUUAAUACAAAUGGCAUUUUUUUUUUAAAAAGAAA